AUCUCAGAUGAACCAUUUUGUUUAAAUACUGUGCUGCGUUAAAUGUUAUUUUCAAGUUCUGGCCGCACAUGAGGUAAGUUGUUUUGAUAUGGGGAUCCCAAUGAGUCAUUCAUUUGUUAUAGACUGAGGUACCUGUCUCUCAUCCUCUUGUACAGGUAACAAUCAAAUAGUAUGUGAGCCAGGUCUUCUACCUCUGCCACUCCACAAAUGCAGAGACGCUCAUUGUAAGGUAUAGAAUGGAAUCUCCCAUAUCUGACCAUUGUAUCAAGCUGUUCAAAUCUCACUUGGGUAAUUACCUCCCUAAGGUGUUUUGGCAGUUGUAAUUUCAAAUAGCUGUCUGCUUGAAAAGUACGCUUGUAUUUACUCAUCCAUUUCAAGUUACCCACCUUACUAAGGAUCGCUAUAUCAUUUUGUGCUUCUAUAUCCUUAAUUCUUUGGGCAGCCCUUUUUUUGAAUUGUUCUCCUGUUACCCAAAAGACAGGAAGACUACAGCUUCUUACAAAAUUUGUUACUUUUGUGACCCAGGAGAUUUGUGAUUGUAAUUUUAUUUGCUCUAGUAGACAUAACUUGGGGAGUCUAUCAGUCUCCAUUUCAUUGACUUUGCACCAGUAGUUAUAAGCUCUAAUUUUGGAUAGAGCAUGAAUUGUAUGAAUUCCCAAUUCAGCUCUAACUGCUGCAGCAGAUGUUCUUGGAUCUACACCCAGAAUACAUCUCAAAUGCUGGGACUGUGUUUGUUCUAAGACUGUGGUUGAGUAGAGACCCCAACUUCUGCUUCAUACAAGAGCAUAGUGGUAACCUUAGCUUUAUAUACCUUAAUUAAUGGGGCUAAGGACCCUGGGUAACUAUGGUUCUUUAGUUUAAGUAAUAGAUUCAGGCGGGCUUUUGCUCUAAAUGUACUUCGUUGAUGAUGGCAAACCCAAGAUCCAGUCUUGGAAAAAGUUAUGCCCAGAUAUACAAAGGUGUUAACCUGUUCAAUUGGUUCACCAUCUAAUUGCCACUUAUGUCUCUGAUGGUGUCUUCUAAACACCAUUAUUUUUUAUUUAGUUUUACUAAUGAUUAGGGAGUUAUCCUGACAGUAAGAACUGAAUCUUCUUAAUAGCCUAUGUAAUCCUACUUGUGAAUAUGAUAAUAAAAUCAUAUCAUUGGCAUAAAGCAAGUAUUACAGUAAGUAUUUCGGAUCAUUGGCAUAUGUACCAUGGGAUCCUUCAUUAACCCUGGCAAGUCAUUAAUAUAUAAACUAAAUAAUAAUGGGGCCAGGAUACACCCUUGCCUUAUCCCUUUAUUUGUGUGAAUUCUGUUAGUUAGAGCCCCAUUAACCCCAUACCGCACCCUCAAACAGGUCCUUGUGUAAAGGGCUUUAAUCAAAGCCAGGAGUCUAGGUUCUAUUUUAAGAGAUGUCAAUUUACUCCAUAGUACUUCUCUGUUUACCAUAUCAAAUGCUGCUGUAAGGUCUAUGAAAGCAGCAAACAGGGGUCUCCUCUUAUAGGCAUAUUUGGCAAUUAGAUGGUUCAAGACAAAGCAGUUAUCAAUAGAAAAUCGGCUUUGUCUAAAACCUGCUUGUUCUUCUGUGAGGAUAUUGUUUUCCUCUACCCAGAUUUCAAUUCUGUUCAAAAGGUACCUAGCAUAUAUUUUUGCUAAAAUAUCAAUCAGGCUAAUGGGCCUAUAAUUACUAGGGUCCUUAUUAUUCCCUUUUUAAUAUAUGGGGACAACUAUUGCCAUCUUCCACCCAACUGGUAUAUGGCAGGUGUUAUUUAUGUGUCUAAAAAGACCUGCCAAUACAGGGCCCCACCAAUUGGGAAAUUUCUUGAAUAAUUCUGCUGGUAAGAAAUCCUCACCUAGGGCUUUAUUGCUCUUUAAACUUUUGAUGAUGGAUUGUAUCUCCUUUUCUGAGACUGGUGGCCAAGAAAGGGAAGUUCUAGAGUUUACUAAAUCAUUGCUUAAAGACAAUUUCUCUACCGGUUCAGUGGAAGCAAACAAACACUGAUAAUAAUUCUCCCAGUCCUCGGCAGAGAUUGGUAUGUCAAAUGCAAAUCUCCGCUCCUUCAGGAUACCUGCUACAGAAUGCCAAAAUAUUACUCAGUUAUGACUUCUGGCAGCCAACUCGAGUUCUGACCAGAUUGAAAUGGCAAAGCUUUUUUUCUUUAAUGUUAUAGUUUUUUUAAAUUCUCUUCUUGUGUGCAACAUCUUAGCUUAGCAGUAGGAUUCCUCUGGGCAAGCUUCAUGGCUGCCUUCAGUUUCUUUUUCAGUCACUGGCAUUCAGGAUCAAACCAGCAGGGUCUACCUACUUGGGCUCUUUUUGUACGAGGUUUGGCUGUUAGAUGUUUCUUCAGAAUGUUACAGAGAUUGGAGAAUGCAUUGAAGGCUGACAUCCAGUCAAUAGUAGAUGACUGGAUUAAUCUAGCCCACUUAAUAGCAUUCUCUGUUUUAAGGCAUUCUAGUAUUGCCUUAGUAUCAACUUUGGCCCAUAUUAAACUUUUAUUUUGGGAAAAGGUUUCUAGAGAGCUUAAAACACCUCCCAGAGACCGAAUCUUACCCGAAAGACAAACCAGUUGAGAGAGCCAAGUCUGGGAGUUAACUCCAACAAGGAGUUUUCUGAAGAAAAAUGCCAGCUAUCUGUACCACGUUUCCCUGCUCAUGGAAACAAUGUUUAUGAAGUUCAACCGAAAGCCACUGAUUGUACUCCAGACGACCUCAACACUGAACCAGCCCAGCCUGACGGCAAACCAUUGGAUUCCCCAACACCCCAGGAAGAAAGUUAGACUUACGAGAGUACAAGGCUGGUUUUAAAUGCAGUAAGUCUCCAGAAGACACGGCCAAAGCCGAUGAAACUGAGGGGAAGUGUCUACCAAGCCAGAGUGACAAGCACUCAGAAGCCCUGCAUCCAGACCCUGGACAGCUACAAUGAGCAGCUUCUACUCCUCCUUCAACCAAAGAACCCCAGCAUGACUCUGAAGAGCACCCAGAGGCGCCCAUCAAGAAAGAAGACAGUAGAAGUCAGAUCAAUAUUUGUUCAGAGGAGCCUCUGGUUAGAGACGAAAUCUCUGAACUGACUGAAAAUUCCAAAUACAACACAAAACCACAAAAAUCAAUGCAUAUGUACAGAGAGCUCCCCCAAAGACAAGCACAUGGUGACUUUCUUCAUUUGGAAGAAAAAGACAAAAUCCAGGAAAAGAAAUUGAACAGAAGAAUAAUAUAUUUAUCCAGAAGUACACUUUCAGAGUCUCUGCAGUUCUCAGACAUAAAUGGAUCAGAAGAAAAUGAAGAAAAAAAUGCUGUUCACAAGGGUUACUCUUUUUUAAGUACAUCUCAUCUGAAAACCCUGAUAGAAGAAAUUAAACCCCGCAGCAUUUUCCUAAUGGAAACUGAGGAUGCCACAAAUGAUGUAAGAUGUCAGAAGAGCCCAACAGACACCAAAACAAGCAGGGAUGUAGUGAGAGGACGAAUCCAUUUGCCCUGUUUAACCAGAAAGAAAAAAUUUAUUAUCUAUAUCUGCGGAGGUUAUCAAGAUUCAGAAGUAGAACGAAAUGCAUUAAUGGAAAAAUCCUUCCCAUCGCUAUACAACUACUGUAAAAAGAGAGGUUACGACUUCCAUGUAUUUGAUCUAAGAUGGGGAGUAAAAGAUGGUAUUACUAAUGAUCAUCAUAUGGCUUCUCUACAUACAAGGACAUUAAAGAAAUGCCAGCAACUGGGAUUCCAAACCUUUAUUGUUUUUAUUGGCCAGAAGUCUGAUGAUCUCUCUCUUCCAGAAAUAAUAGGCAAGGAAGUGUUUGAGUUAAUUAAAGCCACAGUGAUACGUAGGAAACUGAAUAUCAAAACAUCAAAAUACAUGCCACCUGCUGAUUUGAAAAAUGAAAUCAAAGUAGAGAGAAAUGAAAAUCAAGGUGAAAUUGUUCAGGAUUUCCAGGAUCCUGAUGCAAUGGAAGAGUUUGAAGCUGAGAUAAGCAGCCAGAAAGAACAUGAAGUGAUUAAUUCAAAUGAAUUGGAUUUGCUUAAUACUUCUCUACUCACCCAAAAGACUGCAGCUGAAUAUGAGAAAGAACUUCAGCUUUUGAAUCAAUGGUACAAGCUGGAUGAAAACUGCAUCCCUGCAGUUUACAAGCUUCAACCUAUUUGCACAGUGUACAGAGAUAUCUUCAGUAAAGAUCCAAGUCGCAGACAGCAAGCUAAAAGCAAGUGGCUGGAGUCUCUCCAGAAACUGCAUAAGAUACUUCAGGAAUAUGCUACAAUUGCUCUUGGUCAAGAAGAUGCAGCCACGUUGCUCAGAACAAUUCUGCAGCAGGAAGUGGAUCAAGGAUUCCAAGUCCAAGGAACACGUGAGGAUCACUGUCACUGCUUCAAAAGAAAUAUAACUGACCUACACGGCAAUCUGUCAGAUCCUCAGGCAUUGAAAUAUAUUGACAUCCACCCACUAAAACUAGAAGUGAACAAAACUAUUAAUGAAGAACAUCAAAACUUUGUGAAAAGCAUUCAUUCUAGGCUUCGUCAUACAAAUAUUUACAAAAAGAAUGUUAGCUGGGGAAAAGGUGGCAUCAAUCCCAACAGGAACAGGUCCCAUGCCUACUAUCUGGAAUGCCUUUGCAAUGACUUUCAGAAAAUUGUUAUUAAUCAUUUCAACAGAAUCAUUAGUUCAGAAGGCGCUCCAGAAAGACUAUAUACUAAAAGAAAGCAAGAGUUUAACAUUCUUAAUGAUGAAGAGAUUCUGGAACACAUUCAGCAUUAUCAGACCUUGAUUAGACAUAUAAAAAGAAGAGAAAUCUUGAUCAAGCUGAAGAAUCAGGUUACAUCUUUAAACAGAAAAGUAACUGUUGUUUGUGGUGUGGCAGGAUCAGGAAAAAGUGGCAUUAUUGCAGAAGUAGCUUCUUUAGCUUCAAACUGGAUUUCUGGGAAUCUCAGAGUUGUGCUUCGAUUUAUUGGUAUAACUGGAGAAAGCAGAAAUGUCCGACGGCUGCUUCUGAGUCUUUGCUACCAAAUAGCUGACAUUUAUCAUGUUUCUGUUACUUUAUCUGAGGAUUUUGAAGGACUGGUAGAAGAAUUUUCCUCUCUGCUGGAAUUUGCUACACAAGACAAGCCACUCCUAAUCUGCCUUGAUGGUAUAAAUGAACUAUCAGAGGAAUGUGGUGCUGACCUUUCUUGGAUACCAUCUGAAUUACCAAAAAAUGUGCAUUUUAUUGUUUCUACUUGCUUGGAAUCAGAUGUUUCAUGCAUAAGAAAACUGCAGAAAAUAACCUUGAAAGAACAUUUUUUUCAAAUACCUCCUUUAACAUUUGAAGAAAUCAAUGAAAUUAUCAUCUUUUGGCUCAAAAAGGAUCAUCGAAGACUCACCCAAUAUCAGUUCAAGCACUUAGUGGAAGCAUGCAUAGCCUGUCCAUUGCCACUUUACCUAUACUGUGCUUAUAAAGAAUCCUGUUUAUGGACAUCUUUCAGCCCAGACACGGAGGUGUGUCUCCCUCAAAGUAUACCUGACAUGUAUUCUUGGAGGUUGAGCAGAAUGGAAAGAUCUCAUGGUGAACAAAUUAUACAAAGGAUUGCAGCUUAUGUGACACUUUCAAGAAAUGGCAUCACUCAGGAAGAAUUGCUCAACCUCAUGUCAAUGGAUUGUGUGGUCAUUCAACAAAUAAAUAAAUUCCAAAAAAGCUCAAUGUCACCGUUUCCACUAGUGUUAUGGUUGAAAUUUUUAGAUGAUCUUGGAGAUGAUUUGAGAGAGCAAAGAACUGAUAACACAUAUGUUUUUACUUGGGCUCAUACUUCUUUAAAGCAUGUGUGCAUUCAGAGAUACCUGAAAUCACAAGAUUCCCAAAUAUCACUACAUGCUAUCUUUGCUGACUAUUACCUAGAUAGAAGCUCACAGGAGUUGAGGAAGUGCAAUGAACCAUCAAUAUUUCAGCCUCUGGCCUGGACUCUGAAAAAAGAAUCCAAGACCAGCUACACCUUCAAUGUCCGUAAAAUCUUUGGGGCUCCAUAUCACCUCAUCAGAUCAAAUAAUAUUGCUGUUCUAAUCAAAGAAUGUCUCUUUAAUUAUGAGUUUCUUUUGUACAAAUCCUGGGCCUCAUCAAUUGUCAGCAUUGAAGAAGAUCUAGGAGCAGCGAUUAAAGCUGACAGGACUAUACCUGACUUAACCUUAUUAAGUGAAACUCUAAAAUUGUCCAAGACGGUUUUAAUAAAAGAUCCAUGUCAGAUGGCUUCACAGCUCAUAGGCCGUCUUCAUCAGAUUGUUGCAGCUGAUAUACCAGUAGCACCAGGUGAUCCAAAAAAAUAUCUUUACCUGCCAAUUCUUUUAUCUCAGUGUCAGAAAUCUUCUAUUCCUGUUCUUAUACCUUCAACAUCUUGCCUUAUAGCUCCUGGUGGACUUCUCUGUGAUCUUUUGAAAGGUCAUUUGGACAAAAUUACAGCAAUAGGAGAAACCCAGAAACCGCUCAUAGUUGCAACAGUUUCCAGAGAUGGUAUUUUGAAAAUGUGGGAUCUGACUCUUGGCAAAGCGGUCUUCACUCUACAUGAAAUUGGGAAAAAUAUUAGUACUAUCACGGUAUGUUUGGACAAUAGACUGGUGGCUGUGUCUGACAAGACCACCAUUAAAAUUUGGGAUCUUUCCCUGCAAAAAGUGGUAUACACUUCUGGUGAGUUUUUGGAUACACCAAUACUGACAUCUUCAAUGAAUGGACAACUUCUGCUGGCUUUUUUUAGCGGGAACCACAAAAUUCAGGUUUUUGAUCUUGUUAAUUCGUGCCAAAUGCUCCAUGAAGUCUAUCUUUUUUCUGAAGAAGCACCUAUGCACAAGACUCAUUCUCUACUAGUAUCAAAGAACUCAGUAAAAGAUUAUGUUCUGUGUGCCUAUAGAAGUGCAAGCGAAGCAAUGGUUUUCAGUGGCAAAAAGGGAGAAAUAGUUGCUAAACUGAAAAGCCAGGAACGAAUGGCUGCAGCUGAAGGGGUGGCUAUUACUAAAGAUUAUUUUCUUGUGAUCUUCAGGUGCCCUUUCAUGCGAAAGCAAGAAACUAUUCUUAUAGAGCUCUACAAUGUCCAUACUUUUGCUUAUGCUCAUAGUCUGAAGGGAUGCUGCAAUGAUUAUAUUCACACUUUUGCUGUAAAUCAUUUGGGAUCUCAUCUUGUUGCAUUCAGUCCUAUUCCAAAUACUGGCACCACUGAGAUUGUAUCAUGGAACUUGGAGUCUGAAGAUCACAAACACUUGGCUAAAUUUCCUUCAGUUCCUGUUGGUGGUAUAUGCUCUGACCUUCGAUUUUGUUUAGCAUUCUGUGAUGGAGAUAAUUACCUUCGAUCCUGGAACUUGGCUUCCAAGAUCAAUGACCAGUCUUUGACUGUCACUGCAAGCAACGCAAAGAAAACAAAUGGUAUUCAGGAUAUCGUGACAAUGAAAAACUAUCCCAGGUAUGCUGUGUGCCGAAACACAAGCCCAGGAGCCAUAGCAGUAUGGAAUAUUGUAAAAUCCAAGUGUAAACAUAAUGCUGUGAGGAUGGAAAGGGGGCUGGCAGAGAACACAGACAUCGUACUGGCUAGAGACAUGAAACUUUAUAUACUUACAGGCAAGGGAAUGGCCUCCUUUGCAGAUCCUCCAAGAUCGAUUUUCCAGACGCUGUUAAUUUAUGAUCUCCUGAAAAAGAAGUACAUAAAGAAGCAGAAUGGGCUUUACAUAAUUCCUUGUCCAAAUAAUGAAUACAAGAUGCUAGAAGGAGGCCUUCUGCUUGGUCUUUCUGAGAACAGAGACCAUUUUGUUAUUUGGAACUUGGAGACAGGACUUAUUAAGGAUCGAUUAAGACCAGAAUACAAAGAAAAUGUUGUCUUGCAAUCUACUCAAGCCACUACCCAUUCCUCAUCCAAAGAAAACAUAAAGAGACCCAAAGGAGUUUUGUAUAAAGAAAAAACAGCAUUAUGGCAUCCCUGGGAAAAGCGAAAUGAAACCAAUACUGGAAAGAAAAGGAAAAAAGAAAGGGAAUUACAACUGGAGGUGGAGACAUUACAGAAACUAGCUAAAGAGAAGAAUAAUACUAUUGAUCAGUUCCUCCUGAGUGGAGAUGAGAAGAUAGCUGUGUGUUCCUACUAUGCACAUCAUCUAUCUGUGUUCAGCUUGGAAACUAUGUCCUAUCUCCACACACUUGAGAGCAAAGAAUCAAUGCUUUUUUUAUAUAAUGCUACCUUAACAUAUACUGGGCAUUAUCUAGUGCUUUCCAAUUACAGCGAAGAGGAAAAAAUCAGCUAUGUAACACUAUGGAACUUAAUCACAGGAAAGGUUAGAAAAAGAUUAAAAAAUGAGCCUAAUGUCUGUUGUACAGCCAUUACUGCAGAUGGCAGUAGAAUAAUUUUUGGAGUGAUGGUGGAUAACCUGAUUAAAAUUUGGGAUCCAUUUAAGCAUAAACACAAAUUAAUGCAAGGUUAUGAAGGCCUUGAUCUGACUGUGAAUAGCAAAUUGCACAUAUUAGAUGGAACAAAAGCAAUUCUACUUGCAGGUGAGGUCAGUUUCUGGGAUUUGGAGAAUGGCACAGUUAUAUCCAUCUUUACAUUUGAUAGCAAAAUCUCUUGCAUGACUGUUGCCUGUGACAAAAAGACAGUUCUUUUAGGCUUGAGCAACUGCUCUACUCUUACCACUUUGAAAAUGAUGAGCAUAAACACUGCUGAAAAUUCAAUAGGAAAAGAUUUGUUUGGAGAAGACUCAUCAAGCAGUGAAGAAGAACUUGAAAAUAUUUAAAAGAGAAUUUGAACAAAAUAAAAUCAUGAGCAUAA